AUGAAUAGAAUUCUAUCUAGCACGUCUCUGCUAUCCAAUGUUAGCUUGCCAAGGCAAAAUAAGAAUAAAUUAACAAAGGCAUUGUUUUACGCAAUUAUUGUAGCUUCUAUCGGCUCAAUCCAAUUUGGUUACCAUUUAUCAGAACUAAAUGCCCCGCAACAGGUGCUUUCGUGCUCAGAAUUCGAUAUACCCAUGGAGGGCUACCCAUAUGACCGAACGUGGUUGGGGAAAAGAGGAUAUAAACAGUGCAUACCACUGAAUGAUGAACAAAUCGGAAUCGUGACCUCCUUCUUUUGUAUUGGAGGUAUCUUGGGCUCUUACUUUGCUACUAGUUUUGCCAACAUUUAUGGUCGGAAAUUCUCUAGCUUAAUGAAUUGCACAUUGAACAUUGUCGGCUCUUUGAUAAUUUUCAAUUCAAAUACUUACAAAAGUCUAAUCAUUGGCAGGGUCCUGGUGGGGAUAUCAUGUGGCGCUUUAAUCGUAACCAUACCUCUCUUUAUCAAAGAGGUCGCCCCAAACGGUUGGGAAGGCUUGUUAGGUUCGAUGACCCAAAUCUGCAUCCGGUUGGGCGUCUUGCUGACCCAAGGAGUAGCCCUCCCACUUACUGACUCGUAUCGUUGGAGAUGGAUCCUGUUUGGUAGCGUCCUUAUUGCAGUACUGAAUCUGUUCAUGUGGUUCAAAGUUGAUGAGUCGCCAAAAUGGCUGCUAGCGCACGGCAGGGUUGUUGAUGCUAAGUUAUCUUUAUGUAAACUACGUGGUGGCACCUUUGACGAAGCCGCUCAAGAGGUACAGAAAUGGCAACAACAGAUAGAAUCUGGGAACCCGUUGAUUGAACCAACCACCACAAACUCCAUUAGUGGUUCAAACUCAUUGUGGAAGUAUUUGAGGGACGAAUCCAACACCAAAUCUCGUAAUGUUAUCACUGUGUUAUUAUUUGGUCAACAAUUCUGCGGCAUAAACGCCAUUGUAUUAUAUGGUACCAAGAUAAUCAGCCAACUGUAUCCUCAACACGCAAUCAGGAUAAACUUCUUCAUUAGCAUGGUAAAUGUAUUGGUCACUAUAUCAGUAUCGCUGCUGAUUCAUAGUCUCUCACGUAAACCGCUUCUAAUGACGUCCACCAUUUUAGUCUCCAUUACUGCCUUCAUAAUGGGCGUAGCAAUAAACUAUAACAAGAUGAACCUUUUGAUAGUGUUUUCAUUCAUAUACAUGGGUGUCUUCACCAUGGGCUUGAAUCCAUUGCCAUUCAUCAUAAUGAGAGAAAUUUCCAGACCACAAGACAUGAUCCUUGCCCAAAGAUAUGGUACGAUUUGCAAUUGGAUAGGGACUUUUAUUGUUGCAUACACUUUCCCCAUUAUUCACGAUAUUCUAUCAGGCUAUGUUUUCAUAAUUUUUGCCGUCAUAGCCUGUUUAAUAAGCGCUUUCAUUUGGAAGAUGGUUCCAGAAACUAAGAACCGUGUGGCCAGCUAUAAUCAAAUAUGGGCUGAUCAUUGA